AUGGUUAAUAGCUCCACGGUAAUGGGAUUCAUCCAAGACACAAAGAAGUUUAACAAUUGCAUCAAUGAAUGUUUUGAGAUGCUAGAUAUUGAUGGUAAUGGUAAGCUUUCAAGAGAAUUGCUUUAUGGGGGUCUUCAUAAGCUUUUGUCAUUGGAAAACAAUACGAACCAAGAGGAAGAGAUCUAUAAUCUCUAUGAAGUAAUUUUCAAGAGGUUUGAUAAGGAUGAAAAAGGUUUCAUUGAUCGAAUGGAAUUUGAGUCUCUUAUUAGGGAGCUCAUGCUAGCCAUGGGUCGUGGAAUUGGUGAUUUGCCAGUUCUAGUGGCUCUUGAGGAACACAGUCUGCUUAUGAAGGCUGUUCAAUAUGAAGUGGCUAGCUUAAAGGAAGGUAGUCGAAAGAAUAAAAGAAAGAGAGAAAAGAAUGUGCUUCGUGAUAUAUGCCUUUGUUGUCAUAAAUUGGAAACUAGCUAG